UUUUUUUCUUGCUGUUUGGUUUUUUUUUAAGUUUUUGAAUAAUUAAAGAACUAAGUAAUAAGUGAAAAAAAUAUUUACUUCCGCUGGCCAACUGUUUCCGGUUUGCUGUUCGACGCUUUCUUAUUCUGGUGACUAACACGCAGUCAUGCCUCUCGCAAAGGACCUGCUGCACCCGAGCGCCGAGGAGGAGAAGAGGAGGCACAAGAAAAAACGUCUCGUACAGAGUCCAAAUUCUUAUUUUAUGGAUGUCAAAUGUCCAGGAUGCUACAAGAUCACAACGGUGUUCAGUCACGCUCAGACCGUGGUGCUGUGUGUGGGCUGUUCCACGGUGCUCUGCCAGCCCACGGGAGGGAAGGCCCGCUUGACAGAAGGAUGCUCAUUCAGGAGGAAACAGCACUAGUGUGAUCAGAUGGGGUUGGACAGCGCUGAGAAGAAUAAUGGAACUUGACGGACGUCGAGUAACACUGUCGUGGAGCUGAUGCAGGAAAACAAAUCAUCCAAUGAGUCUUUCUGCAGAAUGUGCACGGAAAUGCCUUGAGACGCCACCAACGCAACGCAUUCAUUGCUUUGUCUUAACCAAUCAAAUUCAAAAUGUUUUGGCCAAAUUUAUGUAAUUCAGUUUUAUCCCAAAGGUUUUUAGAUGUAAAGUGGGGUGAACUCAGGAUCCUUGAAAAACCUGCUGGUGAACUUCAGGGCUUUUGACACCACGUGAACUAAACGGCUUCAUGUGGUUUGUUUGGAUUUCACCCUUCAGUGAUUAGGGACAAACAUUUACAGGAAGGUGAGGGGAGAUCCAGUUCUAGGAAAAGAGGCACCGUUGAGGUUAACUGUAACAAUUUUACUACAUAAAAGCAACACUUUGUAAUUUGACCUGAUUUGUUAACCAUGCAACCAUUUCAGACAUUAAUAUGCAUUUGCUAAUUUAACGCCACAGUGAGGCCGGUUUUGUAGGUAAGGCGUACAGUGAUGUCGAUUCUCUCUCCCUCUGAUCGAGGGGAAAGCCAUCGCUGGGUCUGCUCGUGUUUCCUGCUGCUUGUAAAACACAGACCACAGUGUUGACACUAGAAUGACACAUGUAACAUCGUGGUUGUGAAUUUGCGCGUGAUUACAUGCUUCCUGUGAAAUUAACGGGGGGCGCAUCCAUGUGCAGUUGUUGGGGGGGGUGUAAAAAUCACUUGAGCUCAAUAGGAAGCAAGUAGAGGAAUGAUGGAAGAUUUGUGACCUACAGUUUACUCACAGCUUGUGUUUAGAAUCUGUGGGCUGUUUGCACAGUCUAUGUGACAGCAUGGAGUUGUACACAAAGACAUUAAAUCAGGAGUGGGAUUAAAAGAUGAUUUUCUUGUUGCUAUGGUGACACUUGUCGUGUCUUGUUUGUGUAUUGGCACAGCUUUCAAAUAAAAUCGUGGGAAAAGCGA